AUGGCUACAGAAUCAGCGAAUACUCUAAGGUCUAAAGCAAAAUAUAAGAUAGUGGAUAUUGUCAGUGAAGGCGAUAUCAAGGGUCUUGUGGAUGGAUGGAACAGCGUAUAUUUUGAUGAUACACCAGUGACAACUCCCAAAUCUGAUGGAACCUUCUAUAACAAUUUUGAUAAUUCUGCUGUCUAUCAUUUGAAAGAAACAAGUGCUUUCAAUGACGGGGUUCCUGUAGGAGAUUUUCCAGAAUCAGAAGUAACCACUGUAUUAAACAAACUUAUCACCAAAUGGAAUCCAGAAGGUGAGACUGAUGUGGGUGACGGUUCUCAUACUUUUACCAUUACUGAUUCCUAUGCGGAUGCUGUCAGAGUGACAAUGAGAGUGCCAGCCCUUACAUAUACGAACCCAAGCAAUGGGGAUAUAAAAUGGACAAACGCAUCUUCUUUGGGUGUUAAAAAAGGAACAAAGGAUGACGGCUGGAAUGAUUUUUCCAAGAAUGAGGCUAGUCCAUCCUAUUCUUCUGGUCUUAAGUUUGGAGUCAGGGUAGACAGAGUAGAUGCCUCUACCCCGAACUACUGUUCCUGGUCAGCCAAAAUUGCUAUACAGUUAAGUCCAGAUAAUGGUCAGACAUGGACUCAUACAUUCAGCAGAGAUGUUUAUUACGGUAAAUGUGAUGGAUGGAUUAGGAACGCAGACCUUUAUGGUGGAGCAGGGAAGUAUAUAAGCUAUAGACAGUCUGGUGGCGGUGCUACUGUUGUUGAUUUUGAAUUUACUGAAGCUCAGAGUCUGCAAGGUUCAUAUAAGGUCAGAACAGGUUGGAUUAAUUCCAAUGGUCAGUUCCAGACUUCUUUUACCUAUAUAAGAAAAGAUGGUAACAAUCUUACAGGUACUCCUGUGCUGAAUGUAACUUCAAGCAAGUUUUUCUACAAAACAACAUAUAAGCUUGAAGGUAAAUGUGUUUCGGCUUAUGACAGAGAUAUUGUUAUCCCUCUCCCCAAAGGUGGAAGUCCAUGGCAGGUCAGAGUAAGCAGAACAAGCGAUGACCACACAUCCAGUUAUUAUAACGAUAAGCUUUAUCUUUAUUCUUACACUUCAAUCGUAAACAAUAAGUUUUAUUAUCCAUGUCUUGAUGGAUUUUAUCUCGAUUUGGAUGCCCAAGACUUCACUGGUAAUGUUCCUAAGAGGUCUUAUGACAUUUACGGUCUGAAAAUCAAGAUUCCGUCAAAUUACAAUCCAGAUACCAGAGAAUAUAACGGAGUAUGGAACGGAACAUUCAAGGUAGACUGGACAGAUAAUCCAGCGUGGAUUCUUUAUGACCUUAUAACAAACAAAAGAUACGGUCUUGGAGAAAAGAUAGAUGCGUCACAGGUGGAUAAAUGGGCUUUCUAUGCCAUAGCACAGUAUUGUGACGAAUCAGUUCCUGGAUAUGGUGGUAUAGGUUCUGAACCGAGAUACACCUGUAACUGCUGUAUUAAUUCUCAGGCUGAUGCAUUGGAACUUAUUCAGACAAUGGCUUCAACAUUCAGAGGUAUGGCAUUCUGGAGUUCUGGCAGUAUAACUCCUAUUUCAGACAAGCCUACUCCUCCUGUAAUAAAUGUAGGUUGUGCUAACGUCAUAGACGGAAGGUUUACCUAUAGUUCUCCAGCAAUAAACACUAUUCAUACAGUUGCCUAUGUUAAGUGGUCUGACCCAGAAAACAAGUAUAAAUCUGCUGUUGAAGUUUACGAAGACCUCGAAGCCAUAGAAAAGUAUGGAUACAACGUAGCUAAUGUAACCGCAUUCGGGUGUACAUCAAAGGGCCUUGCCAGAAGACUUGGUGCAUGGGCUGUAAAAAGUGAAGUGGAUGUUCCUGAUACUGUCACCUAUGAGGCUGGUUUUGACCAUGGCUUUGUCAGACCUGGUGACAUAAUCAACGUAUCAGACCCUAGUUAUACUUUUGAAGAGCUUCUCGGCAGGCUCGUAAAAGUAACGGCAGAAGCUGGCUCAAGAAUGACCGUUAAGCUGGACAGAAAGGUAAAGAUUGUUGCUGGAGACCAGUCUGCAAUAUCUUUUAUACUUCCAGAUGGAACUAUGGCGGAAGCUGACUGUUCAAGCAAUACUACGACCGAAACCGAUACAUUGAAUGUUUCUGUGUCGGCUUUCUCAAGACUCCCAGUUUCUGGUUCGAUAUGGAUGCUAAAGAAGCAGUCUGUUCAGCCAAGACAGUGGAGAGUAAUAUCUGUUUCUGAAUCAAAGAAAAAUACUUACAAGGUGACAGCAACCUUAUUCAACCCUAAUAAGAAUGCUGAAAUAGAAAGAGGGGAAACCUUUCCUCCUGUAAGCUAUACCGCUCUUCCUACCAGCGGUUCAUUGAUGUUGCCUUCCAAUCUUUUCAUAAAGGAAUACUUGUCACAGACAGGAACAGCAAUAUCCACGAACAUAACUUUUUCCUGGUCUAUCCCUCUGGACUUGAGAGUUAUGUACUAUGAAGCCCAGUAUCAGAAAAUUGGUGCUCAGAACGUAUGGAAAAAAUGUCAGCCAGAAAAAACAACUUCUCCAAGUGUUGAUAUCAUAGGUGUUGAACCAGGUGUUUACAACUUCAGAGUUAAGGCUAUGGAUGCAAAAGGUCAGAUUGUUUCCGAUUAUGCCUAUCUUAGAGAUGUGCCUAUUUAUGGUAAACAGCUUCCUCCAUCAAGUGUUUCUGAUUUUAUGGCUGUACCUAAAAUUUCUUCCGUAGAUUUAACAUGGACGGAAAUAGAUGAUAUAGAUUGUGCUGGAUAUGAAAUCAGAGCAAACGGUUCAUCUUGGGAUGACGCUGAAUUCUCCACCAGGGUAAAUGGCAAUUCUUAUUCGUUCACGGACUAUGAUGAAGGCGGUGUUAUAAACUUUUUUAUCAGAGCCGUAGACACAACAGGAAAUUAUUCACAGAAUACUGCAACAGUAAGCUGUAAUGCUGUUGCUCCGCUUGCCUUUGGUGAACCUUAUGCUAUAAUUACAAUUGAAGAAAUCAAUAAGCUUUUCGGUAUAGAAGAACAGGAGUAA